ACAGUGCUAGACCGCCAGUUGUAAAAACAUGGAAGCGUAAAGCGGACGAGCGUGUGCAGUGCGUGUGUCUGUGUUUAUCUAGGUAUUACGCUUUAUGCCACAAUCAUAGUUUCUGUUCCACCAUGGAAGUAUUGUUAGAAAAACCGGAUCCUGUUCGUAGUGAAAUCGUCGUACGCAACGCUUGUACGGACGAUGUGUCAGAUGUGUACGACAUUAUCAAACUGGAAAUCCCCGAUGUCAAUUAUCCUCCUCUCAAAGAUUUCACUAGAGAUGGCUUCGAAACGUCUCCCCCAUGGUUCCACGUACUGGUCGCAGAGCGAGACCGCAAUAUCCUCGGUUGCGCACUGUACUACCACUAUUACUGGGCCCGCCCGUCGCCGCCUGGCCGUGCGUUAGUGCUGCGUAUGAUCUGCGUGCGUAAGAGUGUAAGGCGGUGUGGUGUGGGGACCAAACUCUUUAGGGAGCUGUGCAGGAUAUUCUCCAAAUAUAUCAACAGCAGUCAAUUUAAGGUGGCAGUGAAAGAGAACGCUCAGCUAAACUGGACGCAUCCUGCUGGCGAUCCUGCGGCGGCUUUCUUCGCGCAGUUCAAUCCUGACUUCAGUGAAGACUUUGACGGGACCUACGGCUUGCGGAUAAACCCUAAAACUGUUCGGGAAAUUGCAGCAAGCAAACUCCACAAAAAUAAUGAUAUUUCCAUUCAGCUGGCGCGAAAAGAGGACAUGGCAGAACUUAGUAAGAUGAUACAUGAAAUAUCAGUGAUAAGAGAAACUUUGUACGGUCGUCAUCUAAAGGAAAAAGAUUUGAUAGAAGAUGGUUUCACCAGCUCGCCCUGGUUCUUUGCGCUCAUAGCACGGCGAGAGGGUUCCGUGGUGGGCACAGCCGUCGGCUCCAGGCUGUACUGGGAGCGAAGCCUUGACAUGCAGAGUUUGUACGUGCGCCCUGAGGCGCGCCGGUGCGGCUUGGCUAAGCUGCUUAUUGUUCAAUUUUGUCGAAAAGCUGAGGAAGAAGGCAUCGAGCACGUGGAUUUCCACGUGCACCCUAUCAACACAGAAGCGUCGGCGCUUUACGACAGCUUCGGAGCUCAGAAGCUGUUCGAUGACCACGGCUCUUUUCGUCUGGAAGUUGAUAAGAUUGAGCAAAUUUUAGCAGAAAAAUAAACAUUAUCUGAAU